AUGGCACUAACGCUGGUAGCUGGGGAAUUUUAUGAUGCAAAAUAUGAUGAUUUCGAUAUAGAGCCACUACUAGAAAACGAUAGGAUUUUACAAGGAUACACUAAGUGCUUUCUCGAUGAAGGACCUUGCACACCGGAAGCAAAAGAUUUUAAAAGUAAGUUACUACUUUCACAAAUAUUAACAGUAAAACAACCUCUUAAUAACCUCGAGGUUAUUCCAGAAGCACUAGAGACAUCUUGUGGCAAGUGUUCCCCAAAACAGAGGAUACUGAUCAAAAAGGUGAUCAGAGCUAUGAUGGAAAAGCAUCCGGAUUCUUGGAACAAAUUAGUUGACAAGUACGAUAAAGACAAAAAAUUCAGAGCAACGUUCAAUAAGUUUAUUGAGGAAGAAGACUAAAAAGUAGCAUCUGCGUGAUUCUGCUUAGUACUUCUUUGUAGGCGUAGCUAAUAUUAAGAUUUUUGUUAACAAUACAGAAAAAAAACUGAUGAAGUUUUUAAACGGUUGACCGGAAUUCCAACAUGGCUCAAAUAACUCGGUAGUUUAUAGUAAAUGAAACAAAAUAUGUAUUGGUUUCCAUUUAUUUCAAAAUCUCUAGUGACAUUACAAACACAUUCUCCAAACUUUCCUUACCUAAAUUAAACAGUUCCAAUUACAGUCUUUGUUGCCUACAUUUUCUAUAUCACAAUUUUGUAUCUAAUUUAAUUAUGCAUUAAAAGACAUUUAACUUACAAAUAUCUAUUGUUUGCCCUUAACUUCCUCGAUCUUGUCCUUGUAUCUCUGCUGGUACAUGUUGUCGGGGUCGUAUUUAGCCGCAAGUUCUGUCCAGAGGUCGGGUCGUUUGUUCACAAGAUGUCGGAUUACUUUGUCAGACGCAGUCUUUUGUUUCUCUGUACAUUUCGAACAUUCAUGUUCCAAGGCGUCUGGGAGUGUUUCUUUCAAAGCUUUACCGUCAGGCGUGCAACGUCCCCUCUCAAGAAGACAAUCGACGUAUCCUUUUAGGAGUCUGUUUGAUUCGAGUAUUUCAUCGACGUUAAUAUGGUCCCAUUUGUCAGUGUAGGUAUUGCCCGGCCUUGCCCACGCAAUCGUCACUACCACCGACAGACCGAUAAGAAUUAUAGCCUUCAUUGUUUAUCU